AUGCCUGGCCUUAAGACUAUCAUCGCUCUCUCCUUUGUUCUUGCCAUCGGCUUCCUACUAGUCAUUCUCUCCGCAGCACUAUGGCACAACUAUCUACCGCUUCUUGUAGUUGCGACAUAUGUCAUUGCGCCCAUACCGAACUGGAUAUGCAGCAGAUGCGCGAGUUCCGAUGAUUUUAUGGAAAGCUCGAACAGCGGUGUGGUGGACUUUGGACGGUGGUUUACUGGCUUUUUGGUGGUGAUGGGAAUCGCCCUCCCUGCUGUAUUGGCUCAUAGCGGUGCAAUCCAAGUUCCAGCCAUGGUCAUGUCAAUCUUAGGUGGCCUAUUAAUAUACGGAACAAUCAUCAGCUUUUCGAUGUUCUUCCAAGAAACAGAAGAAUUUUAG